AUGUUCUUGAAUUGUUGUCCUAAUGUUUACUCUUUGCUGUUAAAAACAUAAAUCUAAUUUAUUGACCCUGACACACUGUUAUAGAUUGACUUAAAAGACUCUCAUUCAGUAAUUCUAAAGAAAGACUUUUUACACAUUUAUAAACAAGGAGAACCUAUUUCUUCUUUGAAGUUACAUUUUCCUAAUUUGAUUAAAUGGAAAUUUGAUAAAGGAUUGGUAGGAUUCACUAUAGACAAUGAGACUUAUUUGACUGAAGAAACAUACAAAAUAAAAGAGCAUUUAAAUGGAAGAUUGUUUUUUUCUAAAAUUCAAGAUUUUUACACUCCUCUCUAAGUGUUAGGAAAAGGCAGUAGUGCUAAAGUGCUAUUAGUCAAAUCAAAGGUUGGGGAUACAUUUUAUGCUGCAAAAUGUGUUCCCAAAACUGAAUCAAUAAUUUAAGAGAUUGAAAUUAAUAAUCUGUUGGAUCACCCAGCUUUUGUGAAAAUAAAAGAAGUGUUUUUAGGAGACACAAGCUAUUAUAUCAUAAUGGAUCUAUUGUCUGGAAAGAAUCUUUAAUAAAUACUUAAAAAUCAACAUACUGGUCUCACAGUUGAGUAGUCUAAAUUAAUUAUGCAUGCAUUAUUAAGUGGAAUUGACUACAUGCAUUAAAAAAAUAUUAUGCAUCGAGAUAUUAAACCAGAUAAUAUAGUAUUGGAAAAGAUAAACAAUCUUACUACGUUGAAAAUAGUUGAUUUUGGUUUAGCUACUUAUUCCAACAUUAAGAAAUUUUAAUAUCCUAAAUGCGGUACUCCAGGCUAUGUAGCUCCAGAAGUUGCAAAUUUGACUGAUAAAAAUUAAAUUUAUGAUAAGAAAUGCGAUAUCUUUAGUGCAGGAGCAGUCUUCUAUAAAUUAUUAACAGGAAGAGAUAUGUUUUCAGGAACAGGUUUUGCUUAUGUAUUGGCAUAAAAUAAGAAAUGUCAAAUAGAUUUUACUCUCCUAUAAUUAAGAAAACUGCCAUAAGAUGCUAUUUUACUUUUAAAAUAAAUGUUACAAAAAGAUCCUAUACUAAGACCGACAGCUGGGGAAUGUUUGAAGUUUCAGUUUUUCACAUCCACUCAAUAAAAUGAAAUCCAUUCACCUGCGCCUAAUACUAGUACAUACAAUUCAAAUUCUGCACCAACAGGACCAUCUAAUGCACACAAAAGAUAAUUUUUUGCUUAAUAGAAAUAAAUGAUGUAGACUGUCGAUUUCUAAACAGAAGAAAAGACUGAAUAUAAGGGAUCCUUUGUUACUAACGAUAUGGUACAAUAUCCUUAGAUGCCAAAAAUGGUCAUGAAAUUCAACACAACUGAAUUUGAAACAAUUUGA